UAAAGACUAAUUAACUUUAACCUAAUUAAAUUAAACGCUUACUAGCUAGUACUUGUUUCUCUGUUAUGUAUCUUCCGUACAAUGCAGGCUGUCUGUGUGUUUAUAAUGACAGAGAAGAGACCAGCAGCGUUAAAGUUAGAUUCAUUUCCCCGCGACACCUCUUGCCUCUCACACGUUGCUGUCAUAAUCCCUGAGUUCAGUCUGCAUAAUGUUCUCGUCGAGACCUGUUUUCUCAGAAUAACUGGGGCAGAAAGCUGAAAUCUUGUUACAGGAAAGGAAGUCCGACGUGCGUAAAGACAUUUCCAAGACAUCAGGAUGUGACAGCCGAAAACGACAGCGUCACCUGUACUCCUCAGCGUGGAUAAAAUGAACAACAUGUCCCCUGAGGUUGCACUGCACCGGAUCUCACCUGAGCUGCGGCCCCUGCUGUGCAGCGUGGUGAGGAACGGCCGCGUGGGACUGGACUCCACCAACUGUCUGCGUGUCACAGACCUCAAAACUGGAUGUACAUCUCUGACUCCUGGUCCUUGCUGUGAUCGCUUCAAACUUCACAUCCCCUAUGCUGGAGAAACCCUGAAAUGGGAUAUCAUAUUCAAUGCACGCUAUCCAGAAUUGCCUCCAGAUUUUAUUUUUGGAGAAGAUGCAGAGUUCCUCCCUGAACCCGCAGAGCUACCACACUUGGUCCACUGGGAUGCCGGGAACCCAGAAUGUUUGCUUCAGCUGGUGAAGGAGCUCAUCCAGCAGUACCAUCACUACCAGUGCCAGCGUCUACGCGAGAGCUCCAGACUGCUCUUUGAGUAUGAUAGCCUCCUAGAAGAUCCCAACUACGGUCGCAACAUGGAGAUUUAUGCAGGACGCAAAAACAGCUGGACGGGAGAGUUCUCAGCUCGUUUCCUGCUCAAACUCCCUGUGGACUUCAGCAAUAUCCCCGUCUAUCUCCUUAAGGACACAGCGCUGGACCCUGGAGAGGAUGUGGCCCUUCUCUCAGUGAGCUUUGAGGAUGCUGAAGCUACCCAAGUCUUUCCGAAGUUGUACCUUUCCCCCAGCAUUGAACAUGCUCUGGGAGGCUCCUCGGCACUUCAUAUCCCAGCAUUUCCCAGUGGAGGAUGCCUAAUUGAUUACGUCCCUCAAGUGUGUCAGCUACUCACCAACAAGGUAAAAGUGUUUGCUUUAACUCAGUUUACUUCCAGUGCGCUUAGAUGUUCUUUAUGUGUGUGUAUUAUUUUAGGUUAUUUGUAACCUUUAAUGUGUUGGUAUUUUAAGAACAAGAUUCCAUACUCUCAAUGUGGGUGUGUGACAGGUAUGUGAAUCAUUUAUGGCAUAUUUGUAAGCCUUGGUGCAGCAAAGCAUGCAUCCACUGAGGGAUGUCUUUUUCAAGCUGUGUGUGUAUUCAUGCACGUGUGUCUGGCAUCUGCCAACGUGGGCGUACUGGCCAACCUCCAUAGGCUAUCUGAGUGCUCCUUGGCCUCCGCAGGUUGACAAGUAGAUAUGCAGUGUGGACACGAUGUAAUGCCAUUUCCCUCAAGGCAACUUCCCAUCCCCCGCACUCUCACACACAGGCAUAAACAUAAUGCACACAGAUACCCUCCAUCUCUUCCUGUUCACCUGGAAUAUGACCAGCCUACUCGGAGUGUCUGGAGCACUUGUGUCCCUGACUGACCUCCAUGUCUCGGGUGGUUCGAGCCUCGUAUUGUCAGAGCUGCUCCCUCCACUUCCCGGAAAGAGGACGCGGCCUGACAGCUUGGAAAGGCAUGGUGAAAAGCAACGCCAAUAUCAGAUAAAGGGAGAGGGACUUAAGGAGGGAAUCUUGUUCAGAAUGACACUAUUUCUAUUUUAAAGUGCAAGUACAAAAUGUUCAGCGGCAGACAUCUACUACUUGUAACCCACAUCCCUCCCAUUGAUUUCAAGCAAGGACACUGGCUCCUUUCAGUAUGCAAAGUGUAAUCAGCACUAAGCAAGGCUUGCUGGACUGCUUGACAACUGCUGUUUUGAAACAGUUUUGCUGGAUUAUUUUGAUUUCAUCAAUUGAUAGCACUGCAAAGAACAUCUUGCUCCCUUGAUAGCAGUGUACAAAGCACUGCAUUAAUGCAAUGGUAAUUUAGAACAGCAUUCAAACUGGGCAACAAAAGGGGAAUAUUCAACCUGAAAUUUCUUUAAGAUCAAAAUUUGUAGUGUAGAAGUGCAACAAAAAAAUAAUAAAAC